AUGACCAAACGAAAUUUGCCAGAGUCUCGCAUCCAAUCAAGCAAACGACUUCGAACCUCUGUCGAUGACACUGGAGCGCUCCUCCAGCUAAUUGAAAAUUCCGAGGAGCUUACACAUUGCCUACAGUCCUUAGCGGAGUGGAAAGACGACAUUUCUCAGAAAACUGGUCAAAUUAAAGCAAAUCCCUCUUUCAUUCGAGUGAGAGACCAACUUGCUGAGCUUAGCAGAAAGUUAAGCCCUGUUUUUCAACAGCUGGACCCUUCAGAAGAUGCUCACCAUAGCGAAGUAAAGACUGUUUCUGAUGCUGAAAGCUCGGUCAAAAAGUCUCAAGCAGAGGCAGGAAGCGUGGUGGCCUGUCCCCCUCCACUUCUAGCAGCCUGGCACGCCUCUGAGAUACCGUCCCAGCUGCCACCACUCCCCAGAAUUAAUGAUUACCGAAUUGAGAGUCAGUCAUUCCGACACCCUGGAAUGGUAAAUAUCUCCAGGGGCGAGUUAAGUUAUGAGCGAUUAGAGUGGCUUGGCGAUGCCUACCUCGAAGCCAUCGCCUCAAACCUCAUCUAUCAAAGCUUUCCAAAUUUGUCGGUGGGAAAGUGCUCUCAAAUACGAGAGCAGCUGAUCCGCAAUAUGACUCUUGCCGAAUACUUCAGAAGCUACAACCUAAUGCAACGAGCUCAAAUACCACACUCCGUCCAGUCCAACCUGCAGCCUGGCAAAGGUAGAUCUGCGGACAAAGACUUGGUGAAAGUUCAGGCCGAUAUGUUUGAGGCUUAUGUUGCUGCGAUCAUUAUCACAAAUCCUCAGGAUGGUGUGAUGCAAGCGUCCAGCUGGCUGAGAGGACUGUUCUCGAGGACGAUUAAGGACCAAAUAGCCAAAUCAGAAGUCACAGCACCACCGAUAACUACGGAACCAAAACAAAAGUUGGCCCAGCUGCUAGGCGCUAAGGGUGUAGAGAUCCGCUAUGAAGACAUGCCAACCCAUAAGAAACAUAAGCAGUUGAACAUUCCGAUAUUUGCUAUUGGCGUUUAUCUAACUGGCUGGGGGGAACAGCACAAGCUGCUGGGAAUAGGGACCGCCACAGGAAAGAAGGAAGCUGGCAACAAAGCCGCCAUAGUGGCACUGGAGAACAAAAAACUCAUGAAGGUGUACGAGCAGAAGAGGAAGGCAUUUAUGGAGGCUCAAGCGCAGGCGCAACCAGACCCUCCUUCGUGA